AUGGGAGAGACCAGAAAUGAGAAACUACGGGGGGAUUUAUUUUAUGCUAGUACUUUGCUCUCAGAAUUACACCUUUUCCAGGCAGCCAAAUGGUGUGCAGAAGCAUUGAAUGGCCUCCAAGAACCCGAUUCACCAAUAGACAUCCCAAUUGAUGUUCCCACGCAGAGCCCUCAGGAGCUAGCAGAUCGCCCAAGGGUUUUGCUUGCAAAGACCUAUAUGAAUUGCAAAGAAUUUGACCGAGCGGCUCAUGUUUUGAAGGGCUGUCAAAGUGGAAACGCGUUGUUCUUAAGACUUUACUCGAUCUUGAUUCUGGUUGAUAAGAAGGCAACAGAAGAGACAGAUGGAUCCAUCAACAUAGGAACAUUCAAUGAGAUCAUUGAGCCGGACGGAGAAACCAAUGAUAAGGAAGUGGUCAGUGGUCUAAAUACAAGAUUGUCAAAAAUAUUACAAGAAAUUGAUGCGUUCCAUACUUCUGGUCAAGAGAAUGCAUUUUUAAGCUAUUUAAGUGGAGUUAUUUACAACAAGAAGAAGAAGUACACCUUGGCGCAAAAUUGCCUAUUCAGUUCGCUAAAAUUGUUCCCAUAUAAUUGGUCAUGCUGGCAAGAAUUGAUAGCAUCCCUCAAUCUGCUUGAUGAUGCUCUUGAGUUUAUGAAUAAAAUUAAGUCAUCGAAAAGUUCACUUUCUGGAAACGUCAUGUUUCAAUUUUUUGAGGUUGUAAUACUUCAGGAAUUUUAUCAACUGCUGAUACCCUUGUCUGAUAGUCUUGGAUCGCUUAUCUCCAUAUUUCCAAAGUUUAAUUUCUUGAAAGUUCAGCAGUUUUUAAUUGCAUACCACAAUCUUGACUAUUUUCAAGCCGAAAGCAUCUUUGAUAAGAUACUUGUGGACGAUCCACUCAGAUUGGAUGACUUAGAUACAUAUUCAAACAUGUUGUAUGUCAUGGAGAAGAGGUCCAAACUUUCAUUUUUAGCACAGUUUGCUUCAACCAUAGACAAGUUCAGGCCAGAAACUUGCUGUAUUAUUGCAAACUACCACUCAAUGAAAUGUGAACACGGUAAAGCUAUCAUGUACUACAAAAGGGCUCUCACAUUGAACAAGAAUUGUUUAAGUGCUUGGACCUUAAUGGGACAUGAAUUCGUUGAAUUGAAAAAUUCACAUGCUGCCAUUGAAUCUUAUAGAAGGGCAGUUGACACUAACCCAAAAGACUUCCGAGCUUGGUAUGGUUUGGGACAAGCAUAUGAGGUUUUGGAUAUGCACUUGUAUGCUCUCUAUUACUACCAACGUGCAACCAAUUUGCAACCUUUGGAUAAAAGAAUGUGGCAGGCAAUUGGAAAUUGCUAUGAAAAGAUCGAUAAGUUUGAAGAAGCAAUUAAAUCUUUCGAGAAAGCGUUGACUAUUGAUAGUUAUAACAAUGAAGACAAUGAUGGCGUAUUCAGCACGGAACCACACAUUUGUUAUCGUUUAGCAACGAUCUCGGAGAAGUUAGGAAGGACAGGGGAUACAUAUAAGUAUAUGAAGCUCUGUUCCGACCAGGAGUACGAGUGGGGUAUAAGUGAUGCUACUUCGAAGGCAAGGCUCUGGUUAGCUAGAAAUGCUUUGGAUAAUAAUAGAUUUGAGGAGGCUUAUGAACUCGCUAAAGAUUUGAACCAUAAUAAUGCACACGAUAUCGAGGAAGCACGAUCUAUCGCCAGGGAUGCUAGGAAUAGAAUGUCGAAGUAG